GCCAUUUUUAUAAAAAUCUGAGUAAUAUUCAAUUGUGGACAGUGAUCAAUAUUUCUAGACAGGCGAUUGAUAAAUCAAUUCAAACACUUUCUGCACUCUUCCUAAUAUGCUCCUUCAAUCUAACAAAGAGUUAGAAGUGUGAAGAUGCCAAGUCAGGAGUGUAAGUGUCCAAUUUUGCCUCUGUAUGAAGCUCAUAGUUUCACUGCUUGUUUGUAAUCACACAUUGUCAUGUUGGAGAAUAACAUCCAUUCCUUGUUGAACUCGGUUUAUUCUUCUCUUUUGGUUCCAGAGGAUUGGAAUGUACUUCCAACUUCUCCAGCUUCCUCAUAAACAAUUGAAGUAUUAAAGAAGAACUUCAUUUGAGGAGUAUUCCAUCCUACUAGCUCGAAUGUAACGUCACAAUUAUCAAUUAUCAAUUCACCAAAGCACUUACUCAAAUAAAACUGUUAAAGGUUUGUCCUGGUGAGGUUGUACAAUGGUCAUUGAUUCAUCACAUUCAGUAAAACUUGUAGCAAACAAGCAAUGAAUUCCAACUGACAAAAAUAGACAUUUGUCAGCAUAAUGCUGUUCUUAUUUACCACAAAUUAUUAAUAAUAAUUGUUUGUGAAAUGUUGUAUGUUUUAGUGUCAAGGUUAGGGUUAGAGUAGAAACUAAUUCCAAUUCAUCAUCUAAUAUAGUAUUGUGCUUUGAAUACUGGUGAAAGUCACAACAAUCUACAAACUCCAAAUAUAAAUAGGAUAGUGUACUGCUUCUGCUUGCUGACUUCUCUCUUAAUAUCAGUUUUGGGAGUGUGUGGAGAUUUCAUCCCAAAUGUUUCUUGCUCAAUUUCUAAGCUUAUAUAUUGAAAUUCUAUGUUUAACUUGAUACAAAAUGAUUGUUCAACUCCCAAAUAUCCUCUUUGAUUUCAAUUUUGAUGGCCUCCCACACUUGCCUGAGCUUUCCACUUCAAAGUCAUUAUUAGUUCUGACAGUUUGAUUGAAAACAGACCAAGUUUGAGGGGGCCAAAAGUUACUUUUAAUCUAAUUUUCCAAGCUAAUCCAGUUCAUUCUCUAUGUUAUUGAAUUGAUUUGCAAUUAAAUUACUUGGAAGUUAUCCAUAUCUAUUUUUAAACUCUGAGCUAUAGCCGACAUCAUACAAAUCUAUAAAAUAUAAUUAAACUGCAUUUUCACAUUAUGAUAGACCUUUGACAAGAACAACUGCAACAAAUUAUAGUAAACUGCAAUGGUACAAAGAAAAUCUCUGUAACCAACUUUUCAAAUAUAAAAAAAAAGUAGUUUUUCCUUUCUCUCAGUUUGCAACUGGAAAAACUUCUAGAAGCUUCUUGACUAAUCCAAAAAACUGUGUCACCUAUUUCCAGAAUGCAUUUGCUAUGUGAUAAAAAAGCUCCAUUUUUCAAGUUUGGUCAACAUUUGACAGUGCAGUAAGAGGAUCAAAAGCACUCAGCAAAGUAGAGUUGUUGGAGGAUGAAUGAAUGCUGGAGGUUACGAGCUUUCCAUAUCAGGUAAUGCUCACCUCCUCUGCUGGCUGUAGCUGCUGUCUUUGGGUGUACUGGACAUGGCUUUUCAAAGAUGUCUGAUUUGUCAUCCCUGAUUUGUUUAGCCUGAUCUCAUAUAUAUGAUACCUCUUGAUAAGAUUUUAAUGCUCAUAAAUCACUUCAAGUCUUUCAAAAAUUUCCUUAGAAGAUAAUCCCACCAAUGUCUUAAAUUUGAUAGCUACACAUUUUUCUUGACCAAUGUCCAUAUUGAAUGUAAAUUAUAGGAUAAUAUGUUCAAAAUAGUUGAAAGAAUAUUGUUCAUAGUCCUUCCUUGCAUAGAACUAACAUCAUUGAUAAAGAAAGAGAUCAAACUGUAUAAUAAGUUCUUACUGUUGCAUCCUACUCAACUGUGGAAUCUCCCAAACUGCAGAUGGAGGUUAUUCAACUAUCCAUUGGAACUUAGAUCUCAGUGUCUAGUUCAAUUAUAAAACUAUAACCCUCCUGUAACCCUAACCCUAAACAUCUUAGUAUAUGUUUUCAAACAACAACUAUUGACAGAUGAAAGUUCCAAUAUUGAAUUUUUAAUAAUGAGGCUUUUUACAAAGUUGUUCAUAGAGUGAAAGUUUUUUUAGCUCAAUUAUUCAUUAUAUUUAUUUAUGGUUAAUUGGGUGCAGAGAAUCUAAUUGUGUAGAAUUUUUGCUUUAAUAGCAAACCUAAUUUGAUGAGGCAAUUAGUGAUAAAUAUAGAUUUAGCCUAGAUACCACUAAUAAACUCAUCACCACAUCUUUCAAAUUAAUAAACCAUACCAUUCACGAAACAGGAAAGUCUCUUGUCAGAAGCUGCUGAACAAAGCAUCUCUCUGCAAGAGGUUGAGAGACUGUGUCGCCCACAUGUAGAUAUAGUAGAAAAAUGGCGUCAAAUACACGUUUUAAUGGGAACCCAACCUUGUUCUAUUACUCUUAUAAAUCUCUGAUGGUGAGUAAUUAGAAUAUUAUAGGUUUUAGGCCUAUAGAUUUCUUAAUAAUUGUUAUUCCACAAAUUUUAGGGAAAUUCUUAGCCAUAACGAUCUAUAUUUAGAAUGAAUCAUAGAGGUUAAUAACUUCAAAAUAUCAAUAGCGUUUUGUCAAUAGAAAUACCUUUUUUAUAUUAUCAUCGUAUUGUAUAAUAAAAAAAGUUAACACAGUCUGACAAAGACACAACAACUUUUCUGUAUAGGCCCAAGAAAAAUGAUUCAUAUUGAUCUUUUAAAAUAGUCAAAUAUUCUAUACGAUUUUGUUUUUCUUGAUUUCUGAUUCUCUAAAUUCAAGCAUUAAAAAUUAUCUUUAAGUACACAUCAUACUUUUUACGAAAUCGUUCAAUAAGUCAAGUAAUUUUUAGAAUGAAUUCGAUUUUACACAGGUCUUGAUCACUCACUCCACCCACCUUCUGUCAUGGUCAUGUGACCAUUUUCUAUACUACUUAUUCUAACGAUUAGAGCCUCUGGGAAGCAUUGUACGAGAGGUAGAAAAGUAGAAAUAAAAAAAAAACACAACAACUUAUUAGAGGUAAGAAUUAAAAUUAAGGAAAAAAGAUACAUAAAUAUAACAUAGAUAAAGCGAAAGCUUUCAGAAAUAGAUCACACUAUAAUUAGGUCAACUGGUACUCUACAGACAGUAAAAUAAUACCCGUUUUCUAUUUCAUAGUCCUACAUAUAUAUGUAUCAAUAUUUUGAGAACAACAGCAUACAUCUACACUAUUUAUAUGUUAGAUUACAAAAAAUAUUCAAAUAUACAUUUUAAUUAAUAUUUGACUUUCAAUGACUUUGACACAAGUUCAGAUUAACUCGAGAAAUAAAAGUAUGGCUGUUAUCAAGACAAAUAUUCCUGGAAUAGUCAUCUAUACAAUUUUUAUGCUGAGUAGUAUCAUUUCUACAUCUGCAGGUAUGCAUAUUUCUUUUUUUUUUUAAAUAUCUUAUCUAUUUCGGUAUCUUUUCAAACAUUAUUUAUGUUUUAGUUAAGUUCCAAUCUCCUCCUACUUAUGAAGCUUUUAAACUUGGAGAAAAGAUAACUCUUACUUAUAGUCUUAGUGGUAUAGCCAAACUCCAGUUGAAAAAUCUGUACAACAAUACUUCUGAACCAAUGUAUGAAACUCCAAAUUUUGAACCAAAAUUCCAGAAUAGGUGGAAAGCGACACCUGCUGUAGAAAGUUCAAGUUAUACCUUUACAGUAGAUAAUUCUGACAAAAAUGAUGGUAUGCAAAUUGAAGCUUCUGUUCCUGAUGGUAGCAAUGUUGAGUCUGUUAAAACUGGAAUAGUCCUCUACGAUUCAAUUCCAAGAAUCACAAAAUAUCCCCAAAAUGUUUCUCCUGUAGAAGGUGAAAAAUUCCCAUUUGAAUGUGAAUUCAACUAUUGGGGAUCAGGACACUCUGAAUUUUUAGUGUUUCUGAAAGACAAAAAGAUGAACUUUAGGGAUGUUCAAAUUAUAUUUGUUGAUGGAUUGGCUACUUUUAAAAGCAAUUUCAUUGCUUCUAAGGAAAUGAAUGAUAAUAAUAUCUUUUGUCAAAUGAUUUUACAUAGAACCAUAGGAAAAUCUUCUUUAAAGUUCAAGAGUCAACCUAUAAAAUUUCAAGUUCAUUAUAAAGUAGAGAACAUAAAAAUCACUUCUGAAAAAGAUAAUUCAACUACAAAUGGUAAAACUGAAAUUUCAUGUUCAGCAGAAGGAAAUCCAGCUCCAAAAUGUGAAUGGAGAAAAAAAUCAUCUGAUAAAAUUCUAUCAACCAAUCCCACAAUGAAAAUUGUAGAGUCUUCUGAUGAUGAGUACAAAUGUACCGCCUGGAAUGUGAUUAAAGGGACAAAACAUGAAUUGACCAAAACUAUAUCUUUUUCAUCUAAUGGGGCAUCGAGAAUGGCAAAAUUCAACAUUAGUCUUAUCUCUUUAAUGUUUGUUUUACUAUUAACAAUUUUUAAAGUUGAGAAUUGAAGAUAAAGUCCCAGCCCUAACCCUAACCCUAAACAAACUAUGCACAUCUAUUGAACACAAAGCUAAAAUGUAUUUCUAGUGUUUCAUAAAAUGUUCACUUUUAUCUUAUCAACUGUCUUUUUAAUGUCUUUUUUAAUAAUAUUUAUUAAUGUAUAAAUGUUAAAAAAUGUACUUGAACUAAAUCAAUAAACGCAUCGAAUUGGUGGAACAUGUGUUGUCUAGUGCGUAGUUAGAG